UCCCAGUUCCCAUUUUGAUAUUUUCCCAUUCCAGGGGAAAACCCAAAUAAAAGCUAAGGUGAGAGAAGAAAACAAAAGAGACUUGAAAAAAAGGUAAGAGAGAAAUAAACAAAGAAGGAACUAAUCAUGGCAGAAAAGGAUCAGACCAAUCCUUUGGCACCAGCCGUGGGUCCAGCGAAAAGCGACGAAGAAUCGGCAUCUUUGCGGUCUAAGGAGGAGCUCCGUCACAAGCGUAAUAUCAAGUGUUUUGUUUAUAUUCUUGCUUUCGCUGUGUUUCAGACCAUAAUUAUCCUUGUGUUUGCUUUAACUGUACUAAAGAUCAAAACUCCCAGUGUUAGGAUGACGUCCGUCACUGUUGAGAACCUCAGUUUCAGCAAUAAUGCUUCCUUCACCAUGAAAUUGAUUGGCGAAGUUGCAGUCAAGAACAAGAACUUCGGUCACUUCAAAUUUGACAAUAGCACCGUAACUGUCUCCUAUCAGGGAACGACCGUCGGGCAGGCUCUGGUUCCCAAGGCGAGAGCUAAGGCAAGAAAGACAACAAGGAUGAACGUUACCAUGGAAGUGAACUCGGAACAGCUAUCCGGCAAUUCAAACCUGAGGAAUGAUAUCGACUCGGGGACUUUGAUCCUCGACAGUUAUGCAAAGUUGAGUGGGAAGGUGCAUUUGAUGAAGGUAAUGAAGAAGCGCAAAACCGCAGAAAUGAACUGCACCAUUACACUAAACUUCGGCAGCAAGUCGAUCCAGGGUUGGAAUUGCGACUGACCAACCUAUACAAAUUUCUAGCUUUAUGAUUGGUAUCUUUGUUAUAGUCCGUAUGUCGAUUUAUUAGAGUAGUAUUCUUUAAUUUAUUUGUUCUUGCCUGAAAUAAAGAGACCGGAGGCCAUUAGUACGGUCUCAGUGUAAGAUAAUCAGUUUCUGUUCCUUGGUUCUAUA